CCUCCGUGUGUCAUUGUUUACCGCUCAGUGUCGCGCUGCACCGCCGGGAGGAGAGAGAGACGGGUCAGAGGAAAAUGGCGGACGGUGUGGACCACAUCGACAUCUACGCCGACGUAGAGGAGGAAUUCAACCAGGAAUCUGACUAUCCAGUUCAUGAGCAGAUCGACCUGUACGAUGAUGUAAUAUCCCCAUCAGCCAAUAAUGGUGACGCUCCAGAAGACCGUGACUACCUGGACACACUCCCUGCACCCGGUGGCGCAGAGGGAGGAAAGAGUGCUCCACCCAACGUGGUGUACACCUACACAGGGAAAAGGAUUGCUCUAUACAUCGGAAACCUCACAUGGUGGACAACAGAUGAGGACCUGACAGAAGCCAUCCGGUCGGUAGGCAUCACAGAUGUGCUGGAAAUCAAGUUCUUUGAAAACAGAGCAAAUGGCCAGUCGAAAGGGUUUGCCCUGGUGUGUGUCGGCUCAGAGGCUUCAUCCAGGAAGUUAAUGGAGCUCCUAUCAAAGCGAGAGCUCCACGGUCAGAAUCCCAUUGUCACGCCGUGCAACAAACAGUCCCUCAGUCAAUUUGAGAUGCAGUCACGCAAAAGUACUCAGUCAGGUCAAAUGUCUGGGGAAGGUAAAGCUGGUCCUCCGGGAGGCGGCCGUGGUUUCCCCAUGGGUCGAGGCAGAGGAAGAUUCCCUGGACCACCCGGCCCUGGAGGAGACCGCUUCCCUGGUCCCGUUGGGCCCGGAGGACCACCACCACACUUCCCUGGCUCUGGGAUGGCACCAGAUCUGAUUAGGCACCAAGAUGGCCCUCUGAUGGAUAUGGGUUUCAAUCCCUUCCCGCCGGGGGGCAGGAACGGGAGCUGGCGUGGCAGAGGUGGGAUGCAGGGUCCCCCACGUCCCCCUCCUGGUCCACCUGGUCCCCCUGGUCCUCCAGGACCUCCACCUCCUGGACAGGGCCUCCCCCCUCCCCUUUCUGGUCCUCCAAAUCGUGGUGACCGGCCUCCGCCCCCUGUUCUCUUCCCUGGUCAAUUUGGCCAGCCACCAAUGGGACCCUUGCCUCCAGGCCCCCCUCCUCCAGGUUAUUGCCCUCCCCCUGGUCCCCCACCCCCUCAACAGGGCCCGCCACCUCCAGGACCCUUCCCUCCGCGCCCCCCGGGUCCCAUUGGACCCCCAAUGGCUUUAGCUCCACCUCCACACAUGCCAGGCCCCCCGCCAGGUGGGCCACCCCCAGCUCCUCAUGUCAACCCUGCCUUCUUCCCCCCACCUGGGAACAACAACAUGCCCCCCAACGAUAGUCGAGGGCCCCCAGGACCAAACGACCCAUACGGGCGUCCACCACCAUACGAGAGAGGAGAGUAUGGUCCAGGAGGCCGGGAGAUGGAGGCGUCACGGACUCCCCUGAGCGAGGCGGAGUUCGAGGAGAUCAUGAACAGAAACAGAGCCAUCUCUUCCAGCGCCAUAUCCAGGGCUGUGUCUGACGCCAGUGCAGCUGAUUAUGGCAGCGCGAUAGAGACCCUGGUGACUGCCAUCAGUCUGAUCAAGCAGUCCAAAGUGUCAGCAGAUGACCGCUGUAAGGUCCUCAUCAGUUCCCUGCAGGACUGUCUCCACGGAAUUGAGUCAAAAAGCUAUGGCUCUGCCAGGCGAGAGCGCUCCAGAGAACGUGACCACAGCCGCUCCAGAGAAAAGAGCCGACGCCACAAGUCCCGCAGCCGUGACAGGCACGAGGACUAUUACCGAGAACGCAGCCGGGAGCGAGACCGCCAUCGCGAGAGGGACCGGGACAGGGACCGAGAAAGGGAGAGGGAGAGGGAGUACCGACACCGCUAAACAAGAAGAGAGCUUAACGAGGAUCAAGGAUGGAUGGAAGGAAAAGGAGGAACGCUUUCAGUGCACCACCACCCCACCCUGCAUGACCGGACAGGACAACCACCACCUCCUCCUCCACCCCUCCAUCUCUCUCCUCCUCUCCUUCUCCACCCAUCCUUCUCUCUGUCUGUUCAUCUUGUCUGCCUGACUAAGAGCAGUGGAUGGAAGACCCAGACCUGUGUAAGAGUAUGUUAUCCAAACACCUAUUCUCAUGGUAACUAAAGAUGAAAGAAAAAAGAAACUUUCCAAACAGCUCUUUUAUUUUUAUGAUGUUUUAUUUGACUUGAAGAUGAGUAUGUGUAAUGCUUCUUUUUUUGUGCAAAGAAAAUAAAAUGGCCCACACGACCCCCAGAUAGAAGACACAAACAUUACAUCCUUUUCUCUUUUUUUUUUUCCUUGGCUCGCUGUACUGUGUACAUUCAGUUUAGAGAUCUGUUUUUAUAGGGUACAUGUUUGAUGUUUUCUCCCCACCUCUUCCUCUCAAUCUCAUUUGUUCUAUUCAUGGUUAGUAUGCUUGUAAAUGUCUCUGCUUUUGAUUAAAAUCUAGAUGGUGUUGUAAUAAAAAAUGUUUACUGAGGUA